AACCCCUUUUCCCACCCCCAAAACUAGAAAUUUAUUCUUUUCAGAUAUUCUUUGUCAAGCCGCCAAAGUGGAGAGUGUCGUUGCAACAGGGGGUCCUUCUCGUUUCAGCGAGUUCCUGGGGAAAACCUCAGGUUCUAGCGUUCAGAGAUGGGUCCCUUCUCGAAACACUAGACGAGAGGUAAUCUCCUCAAACAACAAAGGACUAAAUGAUGUAAUCUUUAGGAAAGUGAGAGGCAUAUUGAAUAAGCUGACUCCUGAGAAGUUUGACAAACUAUGCCUGGAGCUCCUCAAUGUGGGUGUAGAUACAAAGUUUGUCUUGAAAGGAAUCAUCUUGUUGAUUGUUGACAAAGCCCUUGAGGAGCCCAAGUACAGCCAGUUAUAUGCUCAACUAUGCCUACGCUUAGCCGAGGAUGCACCAAACUUUGAAGAACCAACAACAGAAAAUCAAGCAACACAAAAGCAGAAUACUACCUUCCGAAGGCUUCUCAUCUCCAAGCUUCAAGAUGAGUUCGAGAACCGUGCUAGAAAUGUCGAAGUCUUUGAAAAACACGAUGGCCCACUCACUUCUGAAGAGGAGGAGCAGCGGGCUAUUGCAAAGCAUAAGAUGUUGGGCAACAUCAAAUUCAUCGGUGAACUUGGCAAACUCAACCUUAUCCAUGAAUCGAUUCUACACAAGUGCAUCAAAACACUUUUGGAAAAGAAGAAGAGAGUCCAGCUUGCUGAUAUGGGUGAAGAUUUGGAAUGCCUCUGUCAGAUAAUGAAAACAGUGGGACCUAAACUUGAUCACGACAAGGCUAGGUCUUUGAUAGAUCAGUACUUUAGCCGCAUGCGAUCCAUAACGAACAACAAGGAACUUCCAGCGAGGAUUCGUUUCCUGCUGCAGAACAUGGUGGAGCUGCGAGCCAAUAACUGGGUCCCACGCAAGGCAUAUAUUGACAACGGACCAAAGACGAUCAACCAAGUUCGUCAGGAGGCAGCAAAGGAUUUGGGCGUUUUUAUUCCACAUUCGAAUGAUGGAAUGAGGAAUGAGUUCUUCAUGGACAACUCUUCCUUUAUGCCAAGGAUGAAGUUUGAUAGGGAAACUCUCGGUGGACUGGCUGAAAUGUUUGGACAAAUGCCUGGAAUUACCAUUGGGACAGGUCCAGGAGUCAUUCAGGACCACUACUCUCCUACCAUGGGACGUCACCGCACAAACCCACUUUACAACGGCCACAUCGGAAAUGGCAACGGUUCACACCAGCCUCAGUUUGAAGCAGGAAACAAACCGUUCAUAAAACCUAACCAGGGGCAGGGUUCACCGGUCUUCAACCACAAGCAGAAUCACUCAGGGCAGAUGCAGUCUAAGGAAAUGUCUUCACGAUUCGGCAAGAAAGGAAAACUCAAUGCUGAUGAGAUCAGUCUGAGGCCAGCACAGUCAUUCAUCUUGAGCAAAAAACAACCGCCGAAGAUGCUGCCACACAUGGCCAUGAUCCCCCAAAGUGCCCAAGGUUCACCACUCGGACAGUCUCCACAGCUUGGCUUGAAGACCAAUCCACUUCCGAUUCAAGAAAAACCCAUAAAGUCCAUCAAAAAAGCUCCUCCAACAAAGGAAGAGUUGCACAAAAUGACGGAGACACUGAUGACUGACUACCUGAACAACAAGAACAUCGAUGAGGCAGUGAAUGCAGUGAGGGAGAUGAAAGCUCCCAAGUAUUUUUUGUCUGAGAUGCUGAAUAAAAUCGUGGUUCAGUCCCUUGAUCGGUCAGAUGAGGAUAAGGAACAAGCAAGCGCCCUGAUUCACGCACUCUGCACAGAGGGCCUCGUCGCUGGUGAAAACCUGAUGCAGGCCGUUCUGAGUGUCCUGGACCAGUGCCCCAAGAUCGAGGAAGAAGUCCCACUGGUGAAGUCUUACCUGGCCCAGUUUGCAGCGCAUGCCAUCGUCGCUGAUUUGGUCAGCCUUGCAGAUUUGGCCCAUCACCUGGAGAACGGUGCACAUUUCCCCCUUUUCCUGCUCUGUCUGCAGCAGAUGGUCAAACUGAGGGACCGUGACUGGCUGACUGACCUGUUCCAGCUGAGCAAAGUCAACAUGCAGAAGAUGCUACCCGAAUGUGACCAAAACAAGGACAGAAUGCUGGAGAUUCUGGAGGGAAAAGGUCUCAGCUUUUUGUUCCCUCUGAUGAAACUGGAAAAGGAGCUGCUGAAACAGAUUCAAGUAGAUCCCUCCGCACAGUCCAUCUACAAGUGGAUCAAGGACAACAUCUCUGCUAAACUCCACACAGACAAAGGCUUUGUCAACAUCCUUAUGACCAGCUUCUUGCAGUACAUUGCUUAUGAGACCAACCCUGAUGACGAUGAAGAGCAGCUUGCAGCACCCAGCAAGGAACAGCAGGACGAGGAGAAGCAGCUGCUGCUGUCUUUCAAACCGGUGAUGCAAAAGUUCCUGCACGAUCACAUCGAACUCCAAGUCGGUGCUCUGUACGCCCUGCAGGUCCACUGCAACACCAAAGGGUUCCCCAAAGGCAUGUUGCUGCGCUACUUUGUGAACUUUUAUGACAUGGAAAUAAUUGAAGAGGAAGCCUUCCUUUCAUGGAAAGAAGACGUCACCCAAGAGUAUCCAGGGAAGGGCAAAGCAUUAUUUCAGGUGAACCAGUGGCUGACCUGGCUGGAAACUGCAGAAGAGGAGGAGUCAGAGGAUGAAGAUUAUUAAGGAACAGGCCAAAGCCAUGUGUUAUCAGGAUGCAAUGAUUUUCUUUUCUUUUUUUUACUUUUUGUAAUAGUUUGUUGUCUCAUGUGCUCUUCCCCCUCCCACCCAAACUCCUUCCCCCUCCCUUCCAAACUCCUUCCCCCUCCUUUAUAUUUUUCAACCACUGUUACAGUUCAUUACACUAUGAAAUGCUUUGUCAGAUCAAGCCAGCAUCACCAUCUUUCUCAUAUUUAUGCUUUACAUUCUAAUUUCUCUUAUUUGAUGUCCUACAGCUGAUGUUUUAUACAUUUCAAUCAUCUUGGGUUGGUUUCUUUUACAGUAGGCGGUAUUUUGCAGAAAACGUAUCGACGCGAAACCUGACCCAUUUUAUCAGGAGUCACUAAGUGCUGCCGAAACUGUUUACAAAAGAGAAAAGGCUCUAAAGUACUGCAAAGAGACCUUCCUCCGUGUUUUAUCAGCAUUUGUUAAUCAGUUUUUAGACGCACUUCGCUCAACAUCUUGAGUCGUUGCAAUAGUAAAAUACUUUCCCCUGAUUUAUUCAAUCGAUCAGAAUCCUUUUCCUGUGCUUGAAAUCAGACCAUUUUGUCUCAAAUCAAAAUCUUAAGCAGGAAAUGAUGACCGCAACAUCAAUGGUCUGUUUUCAUUUGCACAGUGAUUUCAGUAACCCACAUUAAGCUUAACGAAUUAAGAGCUUUUUUUAUGUAUGAAACUUUUGUGCUGUUAGGAAUGAAUCUGUGUGGCCUUCACUUUUUUAAUUUAUCAAUUAAUAUGGAUAUACCUCUAACGUAUCUCAGACUAUACUUGAACGUCUCCGUUUCCGGACUGAGGCAGCCAAAGCUUAGUUUCCUGUGCUAGAUGUUCACCACCACCAUGCGUGGAAAUUUUAAGUCCGUUUGCCAUAUUUGUCGAGUUUUUAAAUGGUCUUUUUAUCUUCACAGAAUUACCGAGAAUGUACUGUAUGUGUAAACUUAAAAGGUUUUGGAGUUCUACCGGGAUUUUAAGUGUGACAUGUUUAGUGUACAAUUACGGCUCAAGGUUGAAAUAAAGUUAACAGUUAA